UCAAGGUCAGUGGCAGAGUGUCUUUUGACAGUUUACACCUUACACAAGUCGUGUGUCGAACUUCGUGUCGUGCAUUGAAUUUUUAAACGUUCAUUGAAACAGUUUGUACUUCUCCAAAUCCUUCUGUUUUCAUCCUCGGGCAGGACAUGGUGUACUGCUGGUCUCCUGAGCCUCCUCAAGAGUGCAAUGAUGUAGAUUCCACAGCUCAAGCAAGCAAUAUUGUUGUCUACGAAACUGAUGAAAGUGAUGGUGAACAAAUUGUUUCUGAUGGCUAUGAAUUACUACCGCUAGAUGAUGCAGCAGUAGGAAGUGAUGAUGAAAAUCUCGAUGGAAGAGAAUCUAUGAGUAACGUCUCUCAUUCAUUAAAUUUUGAUCCAAGUGAUACUUCUAACACGAUACCAACAGUUCCUAGUGUAUCACCUUUUGAAGCAGAUUCUGAAUUAGACUUACCGCCCAGAGCAGAUAUUGUAGUUGACACAGCAAGAAUUCAAGCCGCCAUGGCACAAUUCUCUCUUCCACCUUCUGCUAUUCCAUCUUGGGCAUCAGUUAUUCCUGAAUCUCAGUGGACCCAUCACCUCAUGUCACGUAUCAACACACUUCAAAACCAAAGAAAUUGAUAGAUCGAUAAUAGAAGGGCAAGGUAGAAAAAAUGGAACACCUUGAGUUUGUUGAAGAAAAACUUAGCGGCAAUAUCCUUUACAAGAGGUUAAACAGCACUCUUAGUGAAA